AUGGGCGACGACGGCGGCGGCGGCCAGGCGGGCCGAGAGCUGGCGGAGGUGAGGACGAGAGCAGAGGCCCUCGAUCGUCGCAUCCGCGCGACUGAAGAGGAGCUCGGCCUUAUCAAGAGCACGACCGGGAAUAUGGUGAGAGGCCAGACGGCGCUGCAGAUUGCUGUGGAGGAAAUCCGGACCGGUUCCCAGACCGGGUAUGAGACCCUGGCGGAACGGCAAGCCGAGGUCGACACGAAGCUAGAUCACAUCAGCCGCGGCCAGGACGAGCUCCGGGCAAGCAACAAUGGGAUCCGAGCGACGAUCGUGCAGCUCGCGGAGAUGAUUGCAGGGAUGGGGAGUCGCGAGUCGGCUAGACGGACCACUAAUCAUAUCCCGGCAGGCGAUAAGCUCAAGGGAACGAUAAUGGAGGCCGAGGACAAGAGAGGGGACUCAUCCCCACUGCCUGUGACCCCGCAGACCACGCCGAAUCGAGGGGUUCAGGGUGGCGAGUUGAUGAAGACGAGGAACCACACGAUUCAGGCCCUAGGCGGCGCAUGGGGAAGGUUGGCGAUGGAUGCGAGUGACUACCGACCACCGCCGACGUGGGGCUGCCGGCAGGCGCAGGGGCGGGGGCAAACCGAGGCGUCGGAGGAACGAGGAUAG